AGAAGAAGAAGAAGAAGACCAACAUGGCGUCCGUCAACAGUGAUGAGUGGAGAGCUAUAUGCGACAAAUUCAACAACGCCCAAAACCUGACAGAAGUAGAAUCACGGAAUGACCCAGAAAAUGACCCGUUCCGCUCCAAAUACAAGGCCAGGGAACUUCUCAGAGAGAUAUACUGCUCGCUCAAGAGUUUUGAAGCCGACGAAGGCGAGGAGGAGAGCGGCGGAGAGAGCGGCGAGCAGCGGCCGACAGAGCAGCCGGUGGACGGGCAGAGGGAGGACGGUCAGGGCAUCAGCGGGGACUCGCCAGCCGGGAUGCGGGCCGCUAAACUCGGGGCUGUGGAGUAUUACCUGGGUGUCAACCACGUCGACACGGAGGAGCUGUCAGCCGGACAGGAGCAUCUGAUGAACUGCAUGAAGCUGCUGGAGAGAUGCCGAGUGUCGUCGGAGAAUGUGUCGCUGUUUAUUCAUGUCAGGAACCAGCUGGGCAUCCUCUGGGCAGGCCGUGAUGAAACAGAGAUGGCUCAAGGCUUCCUUGAAACCGCAGAAUCCAUCUACCAACGUUACAUGAAGGAGGAUGGUAGUCCUCCCACUGAUAUGACAGAGUACUUCACAAGUGAAGAGAACCUGCUGACACACCAGGAGAGGACCAAAAGGUUUGAGUUGGCCUACACUCAUACCAUGUACUACCUUGCUCAAGUUUAUAAAAACCUUGGGGAAACUGAGCGUGCUGCCACCUACUGCCACAGUACCCUGCAGAGGCAGCUCCAGUUGAAUCAGUUCAGUCCAAUGGAGUGGGCUCUAAACGCUGCUACUCUGUCACAAUAUUAUAUCACUAAGGGCCGAUACAUGGAAGGCAGACAUUGCCUCUCAGCAGCUACUGUCAUAUCUGGUUUGGCAGGGGAAGUUCCCUCUGAGGCUGCUGCUCAGGAGAGUGAGACAGAGAGUGAGCGCAGGGAACAUCUCAGACAGAAGAGAGCUGAGAUUGCGAGAUGUUGGAUCAAAUACUGUCUCAACCUCCUGCAGGACUCCAAGAAGCUACUAGAGGACAACAUUGGGGAGCUGGAUACUGAUCGGCAAGAUGAGCUGAAGAGAGCAAGAAGACGUGAGGAGGAAGAGGAAGAGAAGGGCAGGAAGAGUGCUCUGCUUUUUGGCUCUGAAGACACUUUUGACUCCAUUGCUAGCCUAGAAGAGAAGGUGCUGUGUUUAUUCCCUUUGGACUUCACUGAGGCCAGAUCUGUAUUUCUCAUAGGACAGAAUUAUGUCACACAGGCCAAGGAGUACUUUCAGAUGGAUGGAUAUGUGACAGACCACAUAGAGAUUUUACAGGAUCACAGCUCUCUGUUCCGUGCCCUGGCGUUCUUCGAAGAGGAUCUGGAACGACGCUGCAAAAUGCACAAACGAAGAGUUGACAUGCUGGAACCAAUCUGCAACGACCUGAAUUCCCAGUACUACCUAUUGAUCCGCAGACAGUUGAUGUUUGAGCUGGCUGAGACCUACAGUGAAAUGAUGGACUUAAAACUGACGCUGGCCAACAGACAGGCUGACACACAGUCUCUAGACAACCACACCAUUAAGAAAUUCAACAGUCUCUGCUCUGCCUCAGCCAAGUACUUCCAAAUGUUUCUGGACUCUCUGUGUUCUCCAGAAGGGAAGUUUCCAGACGUCCUGGAGGAGGAGGUGCUCCGACCUGCUCUGGUUGCCCGCUUCAGAGUGGCCCGACUACACAGCCGACUGAUCAGCUCUGUACCUCCAGUUCAGCUGGAAAACCUCAACAGAUCUCUGGAAAACUACAAGUACGUGGUGCAGUAUUGUGAGGCCCAUCCUGAGGCAGCAGCUGCCGCGGAGACGGAGCUGGAGUUGAGCAAGGAGAUGGUCGGCCUCCUUCCUCUCAAAAUCAACCGCCUCAAAGCGAGGAUGGCCGCAAACAACUGAAGGACAUCACUGUUCACUGACUGACUCACUGGUCGACUAAUUGUGCUAAAAUCAUCCUAAUAUACCAGUCAAUCUGAAUUUACCGCACUGUAGUUAAAUGGACACUCCCAACAAUUCAAGAACCUAAAUGACAGAAUGACUGGCUUCGAUUCUUAUUGUGUUUAUACUAGUGAUGACCUCCUUUUUUGUGGGCAUGCUGCUUUCACAAAACUGUGAAUACGUUCCUGGCUGUACAUGCUUGCUAUCCUCUGUGUAGUGAAUUUUGUGGUCUAUCUUGAAUUAACAGAAAAUUGCUUAGAAAAUGCACUCUGUCUAGCAUCAAUAUAUAUCUUCAAAAUAAAAAUGUCAUUCUCUUACAGUAGUUUAUUGUUAGAAUAUAAAGCUGUGUUUUCAGCUCAAACAUUCUUCUUAACUAGUCUAUUGUAAAACCCCUCUCUGAAAAGCCGCAGUCUUUGCAGGUUUAUCACUAACAGCUGCUUUCAGUCAGUGUCCUUACGGUGGAUAUGUGCACCAGAUUUUUAUUAUAUUUUGUGAACAUUUUACUUAUGUGUUUUGCUUAAUUUUUAAUCGUAUUUCACUGUUCAAGGGUCUUCUGUGACCGUAGUCUGAUUUAUGUCUGUUUUCUAUUGUUAAUCAUAUUGGUUUUCAUUUAACGUGGCUUUAUUUUCUUUAAAGCACACUAAAAGUAUUUUCCUUCAACUACUUUAUGUCUUUGAUGGUUAAUAAAAGUUAAGACAUAUUGUAACCAGA